AGUUCCCGCUGGAGUCCUUUCUGCUAUACUAGUGAGACAAUAAGGGAUGAUGACCAUCGGCUUUGGCUCUUGGCCAUUAACGCCGAGACGCUCCCCAGGCUCCCGCCUCAAUGCUGCACCAGCUUGAAUAGCCUCGGAAUCCGAAACCAAUACAGUCCUGUAUUGGGGAUUUCGGGGUGAAUCUCGAGAUUCCGAAUUUAAAAACCAUGGAAUAAUCCAAGAGGCAGACCGAUGAAUGGAAGAAUCUCUCCAUUUUUGCCCGAUCCGGGAUCGUUCGGGGAUUUAUUUAUUUAUUUUCUUCCGUCACUGCCUGCGCGCGUUUUGGUUCUCUCCCCGCUCUUCCUCAUUCGGUUAGCAAGCUCCUCCGCUGGAACCAGUUCAGCAGCUUCUGGUGACGCGCGUCCCAUUGCCGGUUACCUGAGCUGGCCACGUGAGCGCCACAUCAUCGGGGAUUUUUGAUAUUGAAAGUCACCGAAAGAAGGAACCAGGAAAAGAGCCUGGUCCCAGACGGAGGAGAGAGGGAUCUCUACUCUGGGGGGGCUGAGACCGCGUGGGCCCCAGCCAGCCGCCAGAGCUUCCCGGGCCACUCUCCGUGGGUUGCCUCCCCCCCCGGCUCCCUCCAGCGCGCCUCGAGGCCCCAGGCUCCUGCGCUGAGCCGCCCGGGUCACUCAGGGACACGGGUCUUCCGCGGGCUCCGGGCAGGGCAGCAGCGGUGGCGGGCUGGCGCUCGGAAGGAGUGCGCGGCGCUGGCGGGGGAAGAUGCUGCAGUCUCUAGCGGGCAGCUCGUGCGUGGAGAGGCACCGCUCCGCCUGGUGCUUCGGCUUGCUGGUGCUGGGCUACCUGCUCUACCUGGUUUUCGGCGCCGUGGUCUUCUCGUCGGUCGAGCUGCCCUACGAAGACCUCCUGCGCCAGGAGCUGCGCAAACUGAAGCAGCGCUUCGUGGAGGAGCACGAGUGCCUGUCGGAGCAGCAGCUCGAGAGCUUCUUGGCGCGCGUCCUGCAGGCCAGCAACUACGGCGUCUCGGUGCUGAGCAACGCUUCGGGCAGCUGGAAUUGGGACUUCACCUCGGCGCUUUUCUUCGCCAGCACGGUGCUCUCCACCACAGGUUAUGGUCACACUGUGCCUUUGUCAGAUGGAGGAAAGGCCUUUUGCAUCAUCUAUUCAGUUAUUGGGAUCCCCUUCACCCUGCUCUUCCUGACAGCAGUGGUCCAGCGUGUCAUAGUUUAUGUCACCAGGCGGCCUGUACUGUAUUUCCACAUCCACUGGGGCUUUUCGAAGCAAAUUGUGGCCAUCAUCCACGCAGUGAUUUUGGGCUUUGUGACCGUCUCAUGCUUUUUCUUUAUCCCAGCAAUAAUAUUUUCUGUCCUGGAAGAUGAUUGGAACUUUCUGGAAUCAUUUUAUUUUUGCUUCAUUUCUCUCAGCACCAUCGGCCUUGGCGACUAUGUUCCAGGAGAAGGUUAUAACCAAAAAUUCAGAGAGCUAUAUAAAAUAGGAAUUACAUGUUACCUGUUGCUGGGCCUCAUCGCAAUGCUGGUUGUUCUAGAAACUUUCUGUGAACUUCAUGAACUCAAAAAAUUUAGGAAAAUAUUCUACGUGAAGAAAAACAAGGAAGAAGACCAGAUGCACAUUACAGAACAUGACCAACUGUCGUUCUCUUCAAUUUCAGACCAGGCAGCAUCCAUGAAGGAAUACCAGAAAAUAGAUGAGCCUUUUGUGACUCCUCAACCUGCAGUUAACUCUGAUGACUUUAUAAACAAUUAACCAAGGGCUUCCAUUCUAGUAUCAACAACAGUGCACUUAACAUUCUUGCCGUUAGAACUAGUACUAUUAAUGUAACUAUAGAAGCAGGAAUGCUAUGCUAUACGAUUCAUAUAUACAUAGUGCUUUGGGAUCUUUUACAAUUUAUGGGCCAAAUAGAGGCAUUUUUGUUGCUGGCUCUACAUACUGGGAAUGUUGACUAAAACUAGUGUGCAGUUGAGACCUCAGGAUUCAUGAUGUAUACACAGUAUAUAAGAUAAGACUAUCCCUGUUCUAGUCUCUUCUCCUUUUCCACUCUAAAAUCAACAAAAUACUUAGCUUUUCCCCAAAGAUCAGACCUUCUUAUGCCAGUUUCAUGGGUGGCAACAAAUCUUUGGAAAGCACUGAGUUAGUAAAUCUUCAUGUUUUCCACGUAAGGGAAUAUGGUAGCCACGGUAGCUUUUAGAAAAUAGGAAUAAUCUUCCAGAUGGCAGUCACUGAGGUAUGUAGCAGUGCAAUUAUCGCUACAGAACCAAAAAGUGAGAACCAAGUGUAUUCUAUCUGUUAUGCGUUGUCUCAGUCACUCUAAGCUCUGAAAACAUUUAGGUUUGUCUCAGUAUGAAUAAGGCAGACAAACAGCCAUUCUGAAACAUCUCUCCUCAAUGUUUUGUCCAGAUCAUCUCUAUUCUGUACAGCCUGGAGAGGGGAGUUUGGACAAAGGUGCUUUAUGUGCGGCAGAAAGUUGUUUAGAGUUACAUUUGCUGCACACUAAGCCUACAUCAAGUAAUUUUACCUUAAAAUCAGGAGUGAAAUCUACUUACCUUCCUUACCGGUUUGGAAGUGCAUGCAUGGGGCACAUGUGCGCUUAGACCCUCUGCGCAUGUGUAAAACCUGCACAUGCACAGAGGGUAAAAAACACAUUACUUCCUGGUUAAAACCAGGAAAUAACGACACCCGGGUAGGUGGGUGGAGCCUCAAGCCGCCAUCGCUACCGGUUCUCCGAACCACCUGCCACAAUCGCUACUGGAUCGCCCAAUCCGGUCUGAACCGGGAGCAGUUCACCCCUGCCUAAAAUAUAUUCUAAAUGAAGACUUUCCUAAGCCUGAACGUGAUCUCUGAGUGUUUUCCUUCUAGCCUUAAAUAUAACAAAAGGGUGUUAUGCAUCGGAUUUGAGUGGGUUGUAGGAACAGGGACCCAUGAACACCAGCAUACAGAACUGAAGGCAUAUUACAGUGGACAGCCAUUUUCCUUAGCAUUUUCAUCUUCACUUCAGGCUCCAGUUUUAGCAGACUGGCUGUGAUUUUCAAACUAUUCAUAGCCAAGCAAUUUUAGAGCUAAGAUCUUAUUUAUUCAGUGAAAUAAUAAUCAAGCUGAAUAUUGAAGUAAUGAUGAAAAGAGAAAAAAAAAUACUUGAAAGCUCUUAUCACCUAAAAGCACUGUACAUGAAUUUAAUGUUUAUUAAUAGAUUUUGUAUCUUUACUAGGAAAUUUGACUUUCUUGAUAAAUCUGCUUCAAAAUCUAUGUGAACUGAAAUUUAUUUUUAAGAAACCACAACUCAGAGAUGCUUCUUAUUUAAUUUGAUUUGAAGCUUAGUGUAGUGCAUGCUCACCAAAGCCAAUAUUUUUGUACCAUUUAUGUUAGUUUCGAUUGUACAGUUCAACUGUUAUUUAUGUACAUAAAUAUAUUUAUAUAUUGUGCAUAUCAUGUAGAUAACUAGAUAUGAAGUGUCAGAUUUGAAAUUUUAAAGGUUCUUUUCCUCAUAGAUUUUUUUUAUGAAUCAUUCAAACUAUGGCACUGAAAAUAAUGACUUAAAUUCUGAUCAAAUGAAUGUGGAAGGGUAAGUCAUUAUGCGUGCAAUGUUAACAUUCCUGUUUUGUUUUGUUUUGUUUUAAUAUGACAGCCCACUCUUAUUGGUGACAGUAUUUCCAAGUAGCUUGAAUGCUGCAACAUCCUUCACUGUACUGUACUACAGAAUUCAGAUUUUAUUGACAGUUGUUGCCUGGAAACACGUAAAGUUGCAUAAUUUGCAACUUUUUUGUUUGUUUUUUUUUAAGUCAGAGAACAUAAUAAAGCUUAGUUAGAAGAAGAAUACUGUAGAAAAAACUGUAGAGAUAAGGAAUUAUUAUUCUAACAAUUAUCAUUUCAGACUUUUAAAAUAAAUCAUGUAUGGUUCCAA